CGCUGUCCACCUCCCCUGGCCUCUCACUUUUUGUUAUAUAAAGUCUAUUUACUGCUCACCGGUUAAACUAAGUGGAGUGACUUGCUGAGCCACUGAGCCACACGCACACACACAGACACACAAAGAGAGAGAGAGAGAGAGACCAUGCUGAUCUCUGUGCUGCUGUUGUGGUUUGGAAUCGUCCUCCUCUUCUUCUUCUUCUUCAGGGUGAGAAGACCCAAGAACUUUCCUCCUGGGCCCAGAGCACUUCCUCUGCUGGGAAACCUGCUGGAGAUCAACCCACACCAGCCACUAAAGACUUUGGAUAAGUUGGCAGAGCGCUAUGGUCCUGUCUUCAGUCUUUAUGUUGGUUCUCGUCCUACGGUGGUGUUGGCUGGUCAGAAGGUUAUCAGAGAAGCAUUGGUCUCCAAAGCCACUGAGUUUUCAGGACGGCCAAAUCAUACGAUGGUUUCUCAUAUACAACAAAGCAAAGGUGUGAUCCUGGCAGAUCACGGCCCUGCAUGGCAGGAGCACCGGCGCUUCGCCCUGACCACGUUGCGCAACUUCGGGAUGGGGAAACACACUAUGGAGGAGAAGAUUCUAGAAGAGACCCAAAACAUCUGUGCUGAGCUAGAGAAGCAUGCAGGGAAGUCCAUGGAUCCUCAGUAUCUUUUUCACUAUGCUGCCUCGGACAUAAUCUGUUCCAUUAUUUUUGGGUCGCGAUUUGACUAUAACAACACCUACUUUCAGAGCCUCAUUGUCAUGAUGGUAGAAUUGACAAAGUUAGUCCUAGACCCUUGGGCUAUGAUCUAUGAAAUUGCCCCUUUCACAAGGAGUUUACCUCUUCCGUUUAAUCGGGCCUUUGACUUAACCAGGCGAUUGAAAAACCACAUACGAAAAAUGAUCUCUGAACACAAAAACUCGUGGACUUCAGGACAGCCAAGAGACUUCAUUGAUAGCUAUCUGGAUGAGAUGGAGAAAAGGACAGGUAAAGGGACUUCCUUUGAUGAUAGUCAGCUGGUAGCCAUUUUGUUGGACCUUUUUAUUGCUGGGACUGACACCACCUCCAAUACCCUGCGGACAGCAACACUCUACCUCAUGACCCAUCCCCACAUACAGGAACGCUGCUACCAGGAGAUCGAGGAAGUGCUGGGCUCUCGUGAGCAGGUGUGCUUUGAGGAUCGCCAGUCCAUGCCUUACGUCCAGGCCGUGAUCCACGAAUGCCAAAGACUAGCUGAUACAGUUCCUCUGAGUGUGUUUCACACUACGACCACCGACACACACAUCCAUGGCUACAGCAUCCCCAAGGGCACGAUGAUCAUUCCUUUCCUAUCCUCAGCUCUACGCGAGGAGGGUCAGUGGAUGUCCCCUCAUGACUUUAACCCAGAGAACUUCCUGAAUGAGACGGGGGAGUUUGUCAAACCUGACGCCUUCAUGCCCUUUUCUACAGGCUCUCGCAUGUGUCUGGGGGAGGGGCUUGCGCGCAUGGAACUCUUCCUCAUCUUGGUCACAUUGCUGCGUCGCUUCCGAUUGGUCUGGCCAGAGGAAAGGGGUGUUCCUGACUACAGCAAGGUGUUUGGAAUCACACAGGCACCCAAACAGUACCAUGUUACUGUCCACCUGAGGGAGGCAGUGAACUAAUGGGUUUUGCUCUGUUGAUCUACUUGAGGGCAAUUAGGUUUCUGUUGCCUUUUCCAGGUUCACCUUACAGGCAUCUAUGGUUGUGAAAUUAGUUUUUUUUUUUUUUUUGCUACAACCCUUAUUGCAGUGCUGUUGCUGACAAUAAUGUAAAAUGCCUGACAACAUAAUCCACAUGUUCAAGAAAUGAAGUGUAACUUAAUCAAAAUGCAAUGGCAUAAAGGACAAAAUCAGAUGGAUUAGCUGUUGUCUAAAUAAUGUCUUACCACCAAGACAUUACUCUAUUUUUUUCCCACAUUUGUGGAUACAUUUGUUUUUGUUGUAUUUGUCAAACAUUUAUAUUCUUGGACACUCUGGCAUUGGGUUCAUGUCUGGUGUAUUUUCUAUGUGUUUUAAUAUUGUAUCAAUAAAUAGAUCACAGGCUGUCGAUAA